CCUCCCCCUCUCCGCCCUGCCCGGCUGCGCUGGGGGCCCCGGGGCGGGUGCGAGCCGAGCCCGGCCGAGCCGAGCCGAGCCGGGUCAGCGCUGCCCCGGCACCCGGCGCGAUGUGAGCGCUGCGCGCACCAUGGCGCGGCACAGAGAUCUGGACAGGCUGCUCUCCGACCUGCGCUCCUUCCUGCUCAUCCUGGACCGGGAGAGCCUCAGCGCCGCGGCCCAAGCCAAGAAGAAGUCGGUGGCCGAGCUCCUGUGCCGGCUGCAGAGCCCCCCGUCAGAGGAUGCAGAGUACAUGAUCAUGCGCUGCCUCUCGCCUUCCUCGGGGACCCCCCAGGGCCGGGACAACUCGGAAACAAGGAAUCAGGAUGCAAGGGGAGGGAGAGGAUGCGAGUGCCGCCCGGGCAGCACCCAGAGCUCGCACGGUGGGAGCAAGGCACCGAGCGCCUCGCCAUCCCCACCGGCCGACGACUCCUACGAAGACGCCGAACCCCUCGGCCCCGGCGGACGCGGCGGCUCCGGCGGCGCCGACACCGACAGCAGCCACUACGAGUCGUACGGGGAGGACGAGGAGGACGGCGUGCCGGACCGUGCCCAGGACCGUGCCCACUACCUGCGGUGGCCACCGGCCCCCGGCCCCCCCCGGGCCGAGCCCCCCGGCCGCCCCGAGGCUCAGCUCUGCGGCUUCCUCUGGAGGAAACGCUGGCUGGGGCGCUGGGCCAAGCAGCUCUUCAUCGUCCGCGAGCACGCGCUGCUGGUGCGAGGCAGGACGGGGGGGGCACGGAGAGAGGGAGGGGGUCCCCGUGCCGUAGCCGACCCCUCCGUGCACCCCCCCCCCCCCCCCCCAGGGUUUCAGGCGUGCCGCCGACCCGCAGCCGGUGCUGGAGCUGGAGCUGCGGGGCUGCCGCGUCGCCUCCAAGGGCACGGGCAGCAAGAAGCUGCCGCACGCGCUGAAGGUGACGGGGCCGGCGGGCGAGGCGCUGGUCAUCGGCUUCCCGAGCCGGCAGCAGGCGGAGGACUGGAGGAAGGUUUGGAGGUGAUCGAGGAGGUCAGCAGCAACUCCCCCAGCGGGCUGGCGGCCCACAGCCCCCCAGCGUCGCCCCCCAGCAGGCUCGGCAGGGCCGCCGCGCUCCGGCUCGGCUCAAAGGAGGAAGAGGAGCAGGAGGCGGCUGCCCGCAGCCCCGGAGAGGACCCUAAAGGAGGGUUCCUGGCGGUGCGGCUGCGCGGGCGCUGGCAGCGGCUGUGGUGCGCGGUGCGGCAGGGAGCCCUGCGCAUGUUCCCCGAGCCCGGGGGUGCUCAGCGCCCCGUCUGCGCCCUGCUGCUGGACGGCUGCGAGGUCACCCCGGGGGCCACCGCCGCCGCCGCCGGCUCCCCCCAGCGCCUCCGCAUCCGCAUCGCUCAGCGGGGCCGGGAGCUCGCCCUGCUGCAGACCCGUUCGGAGGAGGAGAGGGAGGCUUGGCUGAAAACCCUGCGGGCCAGGGGAGGACGGGAGCCGGCCGCUGACAGCCCCCAGGCGGAGCCCCCCAGGCUGGGAGAUGGCAGCAGCUCCCCUGCUGCGGGUGGGCUGCUGCUGCGCCGCUUCCCGACCCCCAACGCCUACAUGGACGACCCCUCCGGGCAGCCCCCGGCCCCCGAGCACGUCUACUCCAACACGGAGCGGCUGCACCGGCUGCAGCAGAGCUUGGACCGAGCCGUGCAAGGGCAGCGCAAGAGACCCGUGUCCGCGCUGCCCGCCGGUGCCUGCAGCAGCACCGUGCCCUCGCAGGCAGCGGCGGCGGCGGCUCGCCGGGGCAGGGCUGGCAGCCCGCAGCCCCGCCGCAGGGAUUUCUCCCCGGCCCAGCGCACCCUGACGCUGCCCGAGAGGAAAGGGGCUCGGGAUGGUUUGGAUUUCCUCAUCGGGAAGAGAGCCUUCCCCAAGCUGGAGGAGAAGGUGGGGCAGCUGGAGAGGGCUUGCCGCGGGAAGAGCAGGCUGAAGGCCGGCUCCGAGAUGAACCUGCUGGCCAUCGGCAAGUCCCUGAAGGGCCACAUCGCCGCCACCGCCAGCUCGGCUGCCUCCGAGGGCUCCUUCCUCUCCCCGCUCUUGAGGCGCACGGCGUCCGCCAGGAGCGCCCUGAAGCGCUCGCCCUCCACGGGCGUCGUGGAGAAGGGAAAGGUGCUGCAGCAGAGAAGGGUACGGGGCGGGCAGAGUUAAGGAGUGGGAGAUGAAGUCUGCGAAGUGACCGGCACCGGGGCAGCCCCCGCCACGCCGACCUCGCUGCGGGGCCGGGCACCUCCCAGCACAACGUCGUGCUGCACGUGGAUCGUGCAGGACCAGCCAGUUCUUUAGCCACCAGUAUCGACGCCACACGUACACCUACCCAUUUUUGAUAUAUUUUAUAUAGAUUUAUGUAUACGCACAAACAUAAAUUCUCCGUCUGUGGGGUUGCAGUUUCUCCGGUGCCGGUGCGUUCAGGGCGCAGAUUUCCCAGUUGCAGCCUCUGCUGUGGGCCUGGUCCAAACGGGGCCCCCCCCCAAUUCCCUCCCAGGGACCCCCUCUCGCAUGGGUGGGCACGGAUGCACCCCAGGACUGAGCAACGGGGGGGCCACGGAGCACGGGGGGGGGCUGCUCGGGGGUCCUCGCCCCUCGCCCCGCAGCGGGGCCGGAGGAGCCCAGGGCUCCACUCAGUGGCUGCAGCUGCGCCAGGCUGCUUGGAGGCAGCUGUGUUUGUCGUGGCUUGUUUUUAAUC